AUGGCCACUGAUGAAACGGAGAUGUCGUCCACAUCUGUGGGGCAGUCGUGUGGAGUUCUUCCUGAAUCACAUGACACAGACUGUGAGGAUUGCCAGUCUUUCUUCAUUGGUAAAUGUGAGGUGCAUGGCCCCCCCACCUUCAUCCCCGACACCCCCGUGCCCAUAGGGGUCACGGAAAGAGCCAGACGCACCCUUCCCUCAGGACUAGAGGUCAGGAGGUCAAGCAUCUCAAACGCAGGGCUGGGCGUGUUUAACCAGGGUGACACUAUACCCAGAGGGACACACUUUAGCCCAUAUGAAGACCAGAUGUCUGACAGAGAGGACACCAAGGACAGUGGAUAUUCCUGGGUGCUCUUCAAACGUCAGCAGUGUGAAGAUCAUGUUGAUGUGAAGAGAGAGAAUUUUUCCAACUGGAUGAGGUAUGUGAACUGUGCCCACAAUGAUGAAGAGCAGAAUCUGGUGGCUCUUCAGUACAAAGGGGGGGUUCUGUUCCGCAGCUGUAGACCCAUCGCUGCUGGAGAGGAGCUGCUGGUCUGGUGUGGAGAAGAAUAUACCAAGGACCAGGACGACCCAGCGGACUGCCACUGGGACAAGCCAUUUUCCCCUGAGAAAGGCCACAUUUCCUUGCAAAACCUCAUUGAGACAUGGCAUCCUGAAGAGUCCCUGAGUUUACUAAAGACCAGAGAGAUUAAAUCAGAAGUGCCACUGAGCCCACAACAGUUAUCCUCUGAUAUUACAUUCAUUUCAGCACAAUCCGCUGUCAACACGAAAACAACCCGCUCUUCGUUUGGAAAGAGCUCCCCUGUCAGAAGAGCCCUAACACCUAAACAGAGAGUGACAGGGAAGAACACAACACACUCUUCACGCAGGAAGAGCCUCAGAAGACACCAGCGCAUUCACACGGGGGAGAAGUCAAACCACUGCUCCCAGUGUGGGAAGAGCUUCAGUCAGUCAUCAAGUCUUAGAACACACCAGCGCAUUCACACAGGGGAAAAGCCAUACCACUGCUCCCAGUGUGGGAAGAGCUUCAGUUGGUCAUCAAGUCUUAGAACACACCAGCGCAUUCACACAGGGGACAGGCCAUACCACUGCUCCCAAUGUGGGAAGAGCUUCAGUCAGUCAUCAAGUCUUAGAACACACCAGCGCAUUCACACAGGGGAAAAGCCAUACCACUGCUCCCAGUGUGGGAAAGGCUUCAGUCGGUCAUCAAGUCUUAGUACACACCAGCGCAUUCACACGGGGGAGAGGACAUACCACUGCUCUCAGUGUGGGAAGAGCUUCAGUGAUUCAUCAAGUCUUCAAUCACACGAGCGCAUUCACAUGGGGGAAAAGCCAUACUACUGCUCCCAGUGUGGGAAGAACUUCAGUAAGUAUUCAGGUCUUGUAAGACACCAGCGCAUUCACACAGGGGAAAAGCCAUACUACUGCUCCCAGUGUGGGAAGAGCUUCAGUGAUGCAUCGAAUCUUAAAACACACCAGCGCAUUCACACGGGGGAAAAGCCAUACCACUGCUCCCAGAGUGGGAAGAGCUUCAGUGAUGCAUCAGGUCUUAGAAGACACCAGCGCAUUCACACGGGGGAGAGGCCGUACCACUGCUCCCAGUGUGGGAAGAGCUUCAGCCAAUCAGCUGACCUGAACAGACACCAGCGCAUUCACACAGGGGAGAAGUCAUACCACUGCUCCCAGUGUGGGAAGAGCUUCAGUGGGUCAUCAGGUCUUAGAAAACACCAGCGCAUUCACACAGGGGAGAGGCCAUACCACUGCUCCCAGUGUGGGAAGAGCUUCAGUCGGUCAUCAGGUCUUAGAGCACACCAGCGCAUUCAUACAUUGGAUAGGCCAUACCAUUGCUCCCAGUGUGGGAAGAGCUUCAAACAGUUGUCAGUUCUUCAAGCACACCAGCGCAUUCACACAGGGGAGAGGCCAUACCACUGCUCCCAGUGUGGGAAGAGCUUCAAACAGUUGUCAGCUCUUCAAAGACACCAGCGCAUUCACACAGGGGAGAGGCCGUACCACUGCUCCCAGUGUGGGAAGAGCUUCAACCAGUUAUCAAAUCUUCAAUCACACCAGCGCAUUCACACAGGGGAGAGGCCAUACCACUGCUCCCAGUGUGGGAAGAGCUUCAAACAGUUAUCAGGUGUUCAAAGACACCAGCGCAUUCACACAGGGGAGAGGCCGUACCACUGCUCCCAGUGUGGGAAGAGCUUCAAACAGUUGUCAGUUCUUCAGUCACACCAGCGCAUUCACACAGGGGAGAGGCCAUACCACUGCUCCCAGUGUGGGAAGAGCUUCAGUAAUUCAUCAGGUCUUGUAAAACACCAGCGCAGUCACACAGGGGAAAAGCCAUACCACUGCUCCCAGUGUGGGAAGAGCUUCAGUCGGUCAUCAAGUCUUAGAACACACCAGCGCAUUCACACAGGGGAGAGGCCAUACCACUGCUCCCAGUGUGGGCAGAGCUUCAAACAGUUGUCAGUUCUUCAAUCACACGAGCGCAUUCACACAGGGGAGAGGCCGUACCACUGCUCCCAGUGUGGGAAGAGCUUCAGGAAUUCAUCAGGCCUUAGAUAUCACCAGCGCAUUCACACAGGGGAAAAACUAUACCAGUGCUCCCAGUGUGGGAAGAGCUUCAACCAGUUAUCAAAACUUAAAUUACACCAGCGCAUUCACACAGGGGAGAGGCCGUACCAGUGCUCCCAGUGUGGGAAGAGCUUCAGCCAGUCAUCAGGUCUGCGAUCACACGAGCACAUUCACACAGAGGAAAAGCCAUACCACUGCUCCCAUUGUGGGAAGAGCUUCAAUUAUUCGUCAGGUCUUGUAAGACACCAGCGCAUUCACACAGGGGAAAAGCCAUACCACUGCUCCCAGUGUGGGAAGAGCUUCAGUCAGUCAUCAAGUCUUAGAACACACAAGCGCAUUCAUACAGGGGAAAAGCCAUACCACUGCUCCCAGUGUGGGAAGAGCUUCAGUAAUUCAUCAGGUCUUAGAAAACACCAGCUCAGUCACACAGGGGAGAGGCCAUACCACUGCUCCCAGUGUGGGAAGAGCUUCAGUAAUUCAUCAGGUCUUAGAACACACCAGCGCAUUCACACGGGGGAGAGGCCAUACCACUGCUCCCAGUGUGGGAAGAGCUUCAAACAGUUAUCAGGUGUUCAAAGACACCAGCGCAUUCACACAGGGGAGAGGCCAUACCACUGCUCCCAGUGUGGGAAGAGCUUCAGCCAAUUAGCUCAGCUGAACAGGCACAGAAGACACCAGCGCAUUCACACGGGGGAGAAGUCAAACCACUGCUCCCAGUGUGGGAAGAGCUUCAGUCAGUCAUCAAGUCUUAGAACACACCAGCGCAUUCACACAGGGGAAAAGCCAUACUACUGCUCCCAGUGUGGGAAGAGCUUCAGUUGGUCAUCAAGUCUUAGAACACACCAGCGCAUUCACACAGGGGACAGGCCAUACCACUGCUCCCAAUGUGGGAAGAGCUUCAGUCAGUCAUCAAGUCUUAGAACACACCAGCGCAUUCACACAGGGGAAAAGCCAUACCACUGCUCCCAGUGUGGGAAAGGCUUCAGUCGGUCAUCAAGUCUUAGUACACACCAGCGCAUUCACACGGGGGAGAGGACAUACCACUGCUCUCAGUGUGGGAAGAGCUUCAGUGAUUCAUCAAGUCUUCAAUCACACGAGCGCAUUCACACGGGGGAAAAGCCAUACUACUGCUCCCAGUGUGUGAAGAACUUCAGUAAGUAUUCAGGUCUUGUGAGACACCAGCGCAUUCACACAGGGGAAAAGCCAUACCACUGCUCCCAGUGUGGGAAGAGCUUCAGUGAUGCAUCAAAUCUUAAAACACACCAGCGCAUUCACACGGGGGAAAAGCCAUACCACUGCUCCAAGUGUGGGAAGAGCUUCAGUGAUGCAUCAGGUCUUAGAAGACACCAGCGCAUUCACACGGGGGAGAGGCCGUACCACUGCUCCCAGUGUGGGAAGAGUUUCAGUCGAUCAUCAAGUCUUAGAACACACCAGCGCCUUCACACGGGAGAACCAUACCACUGCUCCCAGUGUAGAAAGAGCUUCAGUUGGUCAUCAAGUCUUAGAACACACCAGCGCAUUCACACAGGGGAAAAGCCAUACCACUGCUCCCAGUGUAGGAAGAGCUUCAGCCAAUCAGCUGACCUGAACAGACACCAGCGCAUUCACACGGGGGAGAAGUCAUACCACUGCUCCCAGUGUGGGAAGAGCUUCAAUCAGUCAUCAAAUCUUAGAACACACCAGCGCAUUCACACAGGGGAAAAGCCAUACCACUGCUCCCAGUGUGGGAAGAGCUUCAGUCGGUCAUCAGGUCUUAGAACACACCAGCGCAUUCACACGGGGGAGAGGCCAUACCACUGCUCCCAGUGUGGGAAGAGCUUCAGUCGGUCAUCAGGUCUUAGAACACACCAGCGCAUUCACACAGGGGAGAGGCCAUACCACUGCUCCCAGUGUGGGAAGAGCUUCAGUAAUUCAUCAGGUCUUAGAACACACCAACACUUUCACACAGGGGAAAAGCCAUACCACUGCUCCCAGUGUGGGAAGAGUUUCAAUCGGUCACCAGAUCUUAGAAUACACCAGCGCAUUCACACGGGGGAGAGGCCAUACCACUGCUCCCAGUGUGGGAAGAGCUUCAGUCAGUCAUCAGGUCUUAGAAUACACCAGCGCAUUCACACGGGGAAGAGGCCAUACCACUGCUCCCAGUGUGGGAAGAGCUUCAAACAGUUGUCAGUUCUUCAAAGACACCAUCGCAUUCACACGGGGGAGAAGCCAUACCACUGCUCCCAGUGUGGGAAGAGCUUCAGUCGGUCAUCAGGUCUUAGAACACACCAGCGCAUUCACACAGGGGAAAAGCCAUACCACUGCUCCCAGUGUGGGAAGAGCUUCAACCAGUUCUCGUUUCUUAAAAGACACAAGCGCAUUCACGCAGGAGAGAGGCCAUACCACUGCUCCCAGUGCGGGAAGAAUUUCAGUCGGUCAUCAGAUCUUAGAAUACACCAGCGCAUUCACACAGGGGAGAGGCCAUACCACUGCUCCCAGUGUGGGAAGAGCUUCAGUCAGUCAUCAGGUCUUAGAAGACACCAGCGCAUUCACACGGGGAAGAGGCCAUACCACUGCUCCCAGUGUGGGAAGAGCUUCAAACAGUUGUCAGUUCUUCAAAGACACCAUCGCAUUCACACGGGGGAGAAGCCAUACCACUGCUCCCAGUGUGGGAAGAGCUUCAGGAAUUCAUCAAAUCUCCAAUCCCACCAGCGCAUUCACACGGGGGAGAGGCCAUACCACUGCUCCCAGUGUGGGAAGAGCUUCAAACAGUUGUCAGUUCUUCAAUCACACCAGCGCAUUCACACAGGUGAGAGGCCAUACCACUGCUCCCAGUGUGGGAAGAGCUUCAGUGAUUCAUCAGGUCUUGUAAGACACCAGCGCAGUCACACAGGGGAAAAGCCAUACCACUGCUCCCAGUGUGGGAAGAGCUUCAGUGAUUCAUCAGGUCUUGUAAGACACCAGCGCAGUCACACAGGGGAAAAGCCAUACCACUGCUCCCAGUGUGGGAAGAGCUUCAGUCGGUCAUCAUUUCUUCAAUCACACCAGCGCAUUCACACAGGGGAGAGGCCAUACCACUGCUCCCAGUGUGGGAAGAGCUUCAGUGAUUCAUCAGCUCUUAGAAGACACCAGCGCAUUCACACAGGGGAAAAGCCAUACCACUGCUCCCAGUGUGGGAAGAGCUUCAGUCGGUCAUCAAUUCUUCAAUCACACCAGCGCAUUCACACAGGGGAAAAGCCAUACCACUGCUCCCAGUGUGGGAAGAGCUUCAGUCAAAGAAGUCACCUGAAAUGACACCAGCGCAUUCACACGGGGGAGAAGUCAUACCACUGCUCCCAGUGUGGGAAGAGCUUCAGUCAGUCAUCAAAUCUUAGAACACACCAGCGCAUUCACACAGGGGAAAAGCCAUACCACUGCUCCCAGUGCGGGAAGAGUUUCAGUCGGUCAUCAGAUCUUAGAACACACCAGCGCAUUCACACGGGGGAGAGGCCAUACCACUGCUCCCAGUGUGGGAAGAGCUUCAGUCGGUCAUCAGGUCUUAGAACACACCAGCGCAUUCACACAGGGGAGAGGCCAUACCACUGCUCCCAGUGUGGGAAGAGUUUCAAUCGGUCACCAGAUCUUAGAAUACACCAGCGCAUUCACACGGGGGAGAGGCCAUACCACUGCUCCCAGUGUGGGAAGAGCUUCAAACAGUUGUCAGUUCUUCAAAGACACCAGCGGAUUCACACAGGGGAGAGGCCAUACCACUGCUCCCAGUGUGGGAAGAGCUUCAAACAGUUGUCAGUUCUUCAAAGACACCAGAGCAUUCACACAAGGGAAAAGCCAUACCACUGCUCCCAGUGUGGGAAGAGCUUCAGUCGGUCAUCAGGUCUUAGAACACACCAGCGCAUUCACACAGGGGAAAAGCCAUACCACUGCUCCCAGUGCGGGAAGAGUUUCAGUCGGUCAUCAGGUCUUAGAACACACCAGCGCAUUCACGCAGGAGAGAGGCCAUACCACUGCUCCCAGUGCGGGAAGAAUUUCAGUCGGUCAUCAGAUCUUAGAAUACACCAGCGCAUUCACACGGGGAAGAGGCUAUACCACUGCUCCCAGUGUGGGAAGAGCUUCAAACAGUUGUCAGUUCUUCAAAGACACCAUCGCAUUCACACGGGGGAGAAGCCAUACCACUGCUCCCAGUGUGGGAAGAGCUUCAGGAAUUCAUCAAAUCUCCAAUCCCACCAGCGCAUUCACACGGGGGAGAGGCCAUACCACUGCUCCCAGUGUGGGAAGAGCUUCAAACAGUUGUCAGUUCUUCAAUCACACCAGCGCAUUCACACAGGUGAGAGGCCAUACCACUGCUCCCAGUGUUGGAAGAGCUUCAGUGAUUCAUCAGGUCUUGUAAGACACCAGCGCAGUCACACAGGGGAAAAGCCAUACCACUGCUCCCAGUGUGGGAAGAGCUUCAGUGAUUCAUCAGGUCUUGUAAGACACCAGCGCAGUCACACAGGGGAAAAGCCAUACCACUGCUCCCAGUGUGGGAAGAGCUUCAGUCGGUCAUCAUUUCUUCAAUCACACCAGCGCAUUCACACAGGGGAAAAGCCAUACCACUGCUCCCAGUGUGGGAAGAGCUUCAGUGAUUCAUCAGCUCUUAGAAGACACCAGCGCAUUCACACAGGGGAAAAGCCAUACCACUGCUCCCAGUGUGGGAAGAGCUUCAGUCGGUCAUCAAUUCUUCAAUCACACCAGCGCAUUCACACAGGGGAAAAGCCAUACCACUGCUCCCAGUGUGGGAAGAGCUUCAUUCUACGAAGCCAGCUGUGUAUCAGAAGACACCAGUCCAUUCACACGGGGGAAAAGCCAUACCACUGCUCCCAGUGUGGGAAGAGCUUCAGUAAUUCAUCAGGUCUUAGAACACACCAGCGCAUUCACACAGAGGAAAAGCCAUACCACUGCUCCCAGUGUGGGAAGAGCUUCAGUCAGUCAUCAAAUCUUCAAUCACACCAGCGCAUUCACACAGGGGAGAGGCCGUACCACUGCUCCCAGUGUGGGAAGAGCUUCAACCAGUUAUCACAUCUUCAAUCCCACCAGCGCAUUCACACAGGGGAAAAGCCAUACCACUGUUCCCAGUGUGGGAAGAGCUUCAGUAAUUCAUCAGGUCUUAGAACACACCAGCGCAGUCACACGGGGGAGAGGCCGUACCACUGCUCCCAGUGUGGGAAGAGCUUCAGUCGGUCAUCAAGUCUUAGAACACACCAGCGCAGUCACACGGGGGAAAAGCCAUACCACUGCUCCCAUUGUGGGAAGAGCUUCAAACAGUUAUCAGUUUUUCAAUCACACCAGCGCAUUCACUCAGGGGAGAGGCCGUACCACUGCUCCCAGUGUGGGAAGAGCUUCAGUCGGUCAUCAAGUCUUAGAACACACCAGCGCAUUCACACAGGGGAGAGGCCAUACCACUGCUCCCAGUGUGGGAAGAGCUUCAGUAAUUUAUCAAGUCUUGUAAGACACCAGCGCAUUCACACAGGGGAGAGGCCAUACUACUGCUCCCAGUGUGGGAAGAGCUUCAGUAAUUUAUCAAGUCUUGUAAGACACCAGCGCAUUCACACAGGGGAGAGGCCAUACCACUGCUCCCAGUGUGGGAAGAGCUUCAGUAAUUCAUCAGGUCUUAGAACACACCAGCGCAUUCACACGGGGGAAAAGUCAUACCACUGCUCCCAGUGUGGGAAGAGCUUCAGUAAUUCAUCAGGUCUUGUAAGACACCAGCGCAUUCACACUGGAGAGAGGCCAUACCACUGCUCCCAGUGUGGGAAGAGCUUCAGCCAAUCAGCUGACCUGAACAGGCACAGACACCAGCGCAUUCACACGGGGGAGAAGUCAAACCACUGCUCCCAGUGUGGGAAGAGCUUCAGUCAGUCAUCAAGUCUUAGAACACACCAGCGCAUUCACACAGGGGAAAAGCCAUACUACUGCUCCCAGUGUGGGAAGAGCUUCAGUUGGUCAUCAAGUCUUAGAACACACCAGCGCAUUCACACAGGGGACAGGCCAUACCACUGCUCCCAAUGUGGGAAGAGCUUCAGUCAGUCAUCAAGUCUUAGAACACACCAGCGCAUUCACACAGGGGAAAAGCCAUACCACUGCUCCCAGUGUGGGAAAGGCUUCAGUCGGUCAUCAAGUCUUAGUACACACCAGCGCAUUCACACGGGGGAGAGGACAUACCACUGCUCUCAGUGUGGGAAGAGCUUCAGUGAUUCAUCAAGUCUUCAAUCACACGAGCGCAUUCACACGGGGGAAAAGCCAUACUACUGCUCCCAGUGUGGGAAGAACUUCAGUAAGUAUUCAGGUCUUGUGAGACACCAGCGCAUUCACACAGGGGAAAAGCCAUACCACUGCUCCCAGUGUGGGAAGAGCUUCAGUGAUGCAUCAAAUCUUAAAACACACCAGCGCAUUCACACGGGGGAAAAGCCAUACCACUGCUCCAAGUGUGGGAAGAGCUUCAGUGAUGCAUCAGGUCUUAGAAGACACCAGCGCAUUCACACGGGGGAGAGGCCGUACCACUGCUCCCAGUGUGGGAAGAGUUUCAGUCGAUCAUCAAGUCUUAGAACACACCAGCGCCUUCACACGGGAGAACCAUACCACUGCUCCCAGUGUAGAAAGAGCUUCAGUUGGUCAUCAAGUCUUAGAACACACCAGCGCAUUCACACAGGGGAAAAGCCAUACCACUGCUCCCAGUGUAGGAAGAGCUUCAGCCAAUCAGCUGACCUGAACAGACACCAGCGCAUUCACACGGGGGAGAAGUCAUACCACUGCUCCCAGUGUGGGAAGAGCUUCAAUCAGUCAUCAAAUCUUAGAACACACCAGCGCAUUCACACAGGGGAAAAGCCAUACCACUGCUCCCAGUGCGGGAAGAGUUUCAGUCGGUCAUCAGAUCUUAGAACACACCAGCGCAUUCACACGGGGGAGAGGCCAUACCACUGCUCCCAGUGUGGGAAGAGCUUCAGUCGGUCAUCAGGUCUUAGAACACACCAGCGCAUUCACACAGGGGAGAGGCCAUACCACUGCUCCCAGUGUGGGAAGAGCUUCAGUAAUUCAUCAGGUCUUAGAACACACCAACACUUUCACACAGGGGAAAAGCCAUACCACUGCUCCUAGUGUGGGAAGAGUUUCAAUCGGUCACCAGAUCUUAGAAUACACCAGCGCAUUCACACGGGGGAGAGGCCAUACCACUGCUCCCAGUGUGGGAAGAGCUUCAGUCAGUCAUCAGGUCUUAGAAUACACCAGCGCAUUCACACGGGGAAGAGGCCAUACCACUGCUCCCAGUGUGGGAAGAGCUUCAAACAGUUAUCAAAACUUAAAUUACACCUGCGCAUUCACACGGGGGAGAAGUCAUACCACUGCUCCCAGUGUGGGAAGAGCUUCAGUCUGUCAUCAAAUCUUAGAACACACCAGCGCAUUCACACAGGGGAAAAGCCAUACCACUGCUCCCAGUGCGGGAAGAGUUUCAGUCGGUCAUCAGAUCUUAGAACACACCAGCGCAUUCACACGGGGGAGAGGCCAUACCACUGCUCCCAGUGUGGGAAGAGCUUCAGUCGGUCAUCAGGUCUUAGAACACACCAGCGCAUUCACACAGGGGAGAGGCCAUACCACUGCUCCCAGUGUGGGAAGAGCUUCAGUAAUUCAUCAGGUCUUAGAACACACCAGCGCAUUCACACGGGGAAGAGGCCAUACCACUGCUCCCAGUGUGGGAAGAGCUUCAAACAGUUGUCAGUUCUUCAAAGACACCAUCGCAUUCACACGGGGGAGAAGCCAUACCACUGCUCCCAGUGUGGGAAGAGCUUCAGUCGGUCAUCAGGUCUUAGAACACACCAGCGCAUUCACACAGGGGAAAAGCCAUACCACUGCUCCCAGUGUGGGAAGAGCUUCAACCAGUUCUCGUUUCUUAAAAGACACAAGCGCAUUCACGCAGGAGAGAGGCCAUACCACUGCUCCCAGUGCGGGAAGAAUUUCAGUCGGUCAUCAGAUCUUAGAAUACACCAGCGCAUUCACACAAGGGAGAGGCCAUACCACUGCUCCCAGUGUGGGAAGAGCUUCAGUCAGUCAUCAGGUCUUAGAAGACACCAGCGCAUUCACACGGGGAAGAGGCCAUACCACUGCUCCCAGUGUGGGAAGAGCUUCAAACAGUUGUCAGUUCUUCAAAGACACCAUCGCAUUCACACGGGGGAGAAGCCAUACCACUGCUCCCAGUGUGGGAAGAGCUUCAGGAAUUCAUCAAAUCUCCAAUCCCACCAGCGCAUUCACACGGGGGAGAGGCCAUACCACUGCUCCCAGUGUGGGAAGAGCUUCAAACAGUUGUCAGUUCUUCAAUCACACCAGCGCAUUCACACAGGUGAGAGGCCAUACCACUGCUCCCAGUGUGGGAAGAGCUUCAGUGAUUCAUCAGGUCUUGUAAGACACCAGCGCAGUCACACAGGGGAAAAGCCAUACCACUGCUCCCAGUGUGGGAAGAGCUUCAGUGAUUCAUCAGGUCUUGUAAGACACCAGCGCAGUCACACAGGGGAAAAGCCAUACCACUGCUCCCAGUGUGGGAAGAGCUUCAGUCGGUCAUCAUUUCUUCAAUCACACCAGCGCAUUCACACAGGGGAGAGGCCAUACCACUGCUCCCAGUGUGGGAAGAGCUUCAGUGAUUCAUCAGCUCUUAGAAGACACCAGCGCAUUCACACAGGGGAAAAGCCAUACCACUGCUCCCAGUGUGGGAAGAGCUUCAGUCGGUCAUCAAUUCUUCAAUCACACCAGCGCAUUCACACAGGGGAAAAGCCAUACCACUGCUCCCAGUGUGGGAAGAGGUUCAGUUAUGCAUUGAAGCUUAAAAAACACAAGUGCAUUCACAGGGAAAAAAAAGUUUGCUCUGACUGUGAGGAUUGCCGGAAGAGCCUCAGAAGCCAGCUGUGUAUCAGAAGACACCAGCGCAUUCACACAGGGGAGAAGUCAUACCACUGCUCCCAGUGUGGGAAGAGCUUCAGUAAUUUAUCAGGUCUUGUAAGACACCAGCGCAUUCACACAGGGGAGAGGCCAUACCACUGCUCCCAGUGUGGGAAGAGCUUCAGUCAGUCAUCAAGUCUUAGAGCACACCAGCGCAUUCACACAGGGGAGAGGCCAUACCACUGCUCCCAGUGUGGGAAGAGCUUCAGCAAUUCAUCAGGUCUUAGAAGACACAAGUGCGUUCAAACGGGGGAGAGAACAUACCAGUGCUCCCAGUGUGGGAAGAGCUUCAGUCAGUCAUCAAGUCUUAGAACACACCAGCACAUUCACACAGGGGAGAGGCCAUACCACUGCUGCCAGUGUGGGAAGAGCUUCAACAAUUCAUCAGGUCUUAGAAGACACAAGUGCGUUCAAACGGGGGAGAGGCCAUACCAGUGCUCCCAGUGUGGGAAGAGCUUCAGUCAGUCAUCAAGUCUUAGAACACACCAGCGCAUUCACACAGGGGAGAGGCCAUACCACUGCUCCCAGUGUGGGAAGAGCUUCAGCAAUUCAUCAGGUCUUAGAAGACACAAGUGCAUUCAAACGGGUGAGAGGCCAUACCAGUGCUCCCAGUGUGGGAAGAGCUUCAGUAAUGCAUCGAAUCUUAAAACACACCAGCGCAUUCACACGGGGGAGAGGCCAUACCACUGCUCCCAGUGUGGGAAGAGCUUCAACCAGUUAUCAGUUCUUCAAUCACACCAGCGCAUUCACACAGGAGAGAGGCCAUACCACUGCUCCCAGUGUGGGAAGAGCUUCAGUGAUUUAUCAGGUCUUAGAACACACCAGCGCAUUCACACAGGGGAGAAGCCAUACUACUGCUCCCAGUGUGGGAAGAGCUUCAGCCAAUCAGCUGAGCUAAACAGACACCAGCGCAUUCACACAGGGGAGAAGUCAAACCACUGCUCCCAGUGUGGGAAGAGCUUCAGUAAUUCAUCAGGUCUUAGAACACACCAGCGCAUUCACACAGGGGAAAAGCCAUACCACUGCUCCCAGUGUGGGAAGAGCUUCAGUGAAUCAUCAAAUCUUAUAAGACACCAGCACAUUCACACAGGGGAGAGGCCAUACCACUGCUCCCAGUGUGGGCAGAGCUUCAGUCAAUCAUCAAAUCUUAUAAGACACCAGCACAUUCACACAGGGGAGAGGCCAUACCACUGCUCCCAGUGUGGGAAGAGCUUCAGCCAGUCAUCAGGUCUUAGAGCACACCAGCGCAUUCAUACAUUGGAUAGGCCAUACCAUUGCUCCCAGUGUGGGAAGAGCUUCAAACAUUUGUCAGUUCUUCAAGCACACCAGCGCAGUCACACAGGGGAGAGGCCAUACCACUGCUCCCAGUGUGGGAAGAGCUUCAGUUAUUCAUCAGGUCUUAGAAAACACCAGCGCAUUCACACGGGGGAGAGGCCAUACCACUGCUCCCAGUGUGGGAAGAGCUUCAGUGAAUCAUCAAGUCUUAGAACACACGAGCGCAUUCACACAGGGGAGAGGCCAUACCACUGCUCCCAGUGUGGGCAGAGCUUCAAACAGUUAUCAGUUCUUCAAUCACACGAGCGCAUUCACACAGGGGAGAGGCCAUACCACUGCUCCCAGUGUGGGAAGAGCUUCAGGAAUUCAUCAGGCCUUAGAUAUCACCAGCGCAUUCACACAGGGGAAAAACUAUACCAGUGCUCCCAGUGUGGGAAGAGCUUCAACCAGUUAUCAAAACUUAAAUUACACCAGCGCAUUCACACAGGGGAGAGGCCGUACCAGUGCUCCCAGUGUGGGAAGAGCUUCAGCCAGUCAUCAGGUCUGCGAUCACACGAGCACAUUCACACAGAGGAAAAGCCAUACCACUGCUCCCAUUGUGGGAAGAGCUUCAAUUAUUCGUCAGGUCUUGUAAGACACCAGCGCAUUCACACAGGGGAAAAGCCAUACCACUGCUCCCAGUGUGGGAAGAACUUCAGUGAUUCAUCAGGUCUUGUAAGACACCAGCGCAGUCACACAGGGGAGAGGCCAUACCACUGCUCCCAGUGUGGGAAGAGCUUCAUUGAUUCAUCAAGUCUUAGAACACACCAGCGCAUUCACACAGGGGAAAAGCCAUACCACUGCUCCCAGUGUGGGAAGAGCUUCAGUAAUUCAUCAGGUCUUAGAACACACCAGCGCAUUCACACAGGGGAAAAGCCAUACCGCUGCUCCCAGUGUGGGAAGAGCUUCAUUGAUGCAUGGAAUCUGAAAAUACACAAGUGCAAUCACACAGGGGAAAAGCCAUACCACUGCUCCCAGUGUGGGAAGAGCUUCAGUUAUGCAUGGAAUCUUAAAACACACCAGCGCAUUCACACGGGGGAGAGGCCAUACCACUGCUCCCAGUGUGGGAAGAGCUUCAGUCAGUUAUCAGGUGUUCAAAGACACCAGCGCAUUCACACAGGGGAAAAGCCAUACCACUGCUCCCAGUGUGGGAAGAGCUUCAGUCAGUCAUCAGUUCUUCAAUCACACCAGCGCAUUCACACAGGGGAAAAGCCAUACCACUGCUCCCAGUGUGGGAAGAGCUUCAGCCAAUUAGCUCAGCUGAACAGACACCAGCGCAUUCACACAGGGGAAAAGCCAUACCACUGCUCCCAGUGUGGGAAGAGCUUCAGUCUGUCAUCAAGUCUUAGGACACACCAGCGCAUUCACACAGGGGAAAAGCCAUACCACUGCUCCCAGUGUGGGAAGAGCUUCAGUCUGUCAUCAAGUCUUAGGACACACCAGCGCAUUCACACAGGGGAAAAGCCAUACCACUGCUCCCAGUGUGGGAAGAGCUUCAGUCGGUCAUCAAGUCUUAGGACACACCAGCGCAUUCACACAGGGGAAAAGCCAUACCACUGCUCCCAGUGUGGGAAGAGCUUCAGUCGGUCAUCAAGUCUUAGGACACACCAGCGCAUUCACACAGGGGAAAAGCCAUACCACUGCUCCCAGUGUGAGAAGAGCUUCAGUGAUUCAUCAAGUCUUAGAACACACGAGCGCAGUCACACAGGAGAAAAGCCAUACCACUGCUCCCAGUGUGGGAAGAGCUUCAGUCGGUCAUCAGAUCUUGUAAGACACCAGCGCAUUCACACAGGGGAAAAGCCAUACCACUGCUCCCAGUGUGGGAAGAGCUUCAGUGAUGCAUCAGGUCUUAGAACACACCAGCGCAUUCAUACAUCGGAGAGGCCAUACUACUGCUCCCAGUGUGAGAAGAGCUUCAACCAGUUAUCAACUCUUCAAUCACACCAGCGCAUUCACACAGGAAAGAGGCCAUACCAGUGCUCCCAGUGUGGGAAGAGCUUCAAACAGUGGUCAGCUCUUAAAAGACACCAGCGCAUUCACACAGGGGAAAGGCCAUACUACUGCUCCCAGUGUGGGAAGAGCUUCAGUGAUUCAUCAAAUCUCCAAUCACACCAGCGCAUUCACACGGGGGAAAAGCCAUACCACUGCUCCCAGUGUGGGAAGAGCUUCAACCAGUUAUCAAUUCUUCAAUCACACCAGCGCAUUCACACAGGGGAGAGGCCACACCACUGCUCCCAGUGUGGGAAGAGCUUCAGUACUUCAUCAGGUCUUGUAAGACACCAGCGCAGUCACACAGGGGAAAAGCCAUACUACUGCUCCCAGUGUGGGAAGAGCUUCAGCCAAUCAGCUGACCUGAACAGACACCAGCGCAUUCACACAGGGGAGAAGUCAUACCAGUGCUCCCAGUGUGGGAAGAGCUUCAGUAAUUUAUCAGGUCUUGUAAGACACCAGCGCAUUCACACAGGGGAGAGGCCAUACCACUGCUCCCAGUGUGGGAAGAGCUUCAGUCAGUCAUCAAGUCUUAGAGCACACCAGCGCAUUCACACAGGGGAAAAGCCAUACCACUGCUGCCAGUGUGGGAAGAGCUUCAGCAAUUCAUCAGGUCUUAGAAGACACAAGUGCGUUCAAACGGGGGAGAGGCCAUACCAGUGCUCCCAGUGUGGGAAGAGCUUCAGUCAGUCAUCAAGUCUUAGAACACACCAGCACAUUCACACAGGGGAGAGGCCAUACCACUGCUGCCAGUGUGGGAAGAGCUUCAACAAUUCAUCAGGUCUUAGAAGACACAAGUGCGUUCAAACGGGGGAGAGGCCAUACCAGUGCUCCCAGUGUGGGAAGAGCUUCAGUCAGUCAUCAAGUCUUAGAACACACCAGCGCAUUCACACAGGGGAGAGGCCAUACCACUGCUGCCAGUGUGGGAAGAGCUUCAGCAAUUCAUCAGGUCUUAGAAGACACAAGUGCAUUCAAACGGGGGAGAGGCCAUACCAGUGCUCCCAGUGUGGGAAGAGCUUCAGUAAUGCAUCGAAUCUUAAAACACACCAGCGCAUUCACACGGGGGAGAGGCCAUACCACUGCUCCCAGUGUGGGAAGAGCUUCAACCAGUUAUCAGUUCUUCAAAGACACCAGCGCAUUCACACAGGAGAGAGGCCAUACCAGUGCUCCCAGUGUGGGAAGAGCUUCAGUAAUUCAUCAUGUCUUAGAACACACCAUCGCAUUCACACAGGGGAGAGGCCGUACCACUGCUCCCAGUGUGGGAAGAGCUUCAGUGAUUUAUCAGGUCUUAGAACACACCAGCGCAUUCACACAGGGGAGAAGCCAUACCACUGCUCCCAGUGUGGGAAGAGCUUCAGCCAAUCAGCUGAGCUAAACAGACACCAGCACAUUCACACAGGGGAGAAGUCAUACCACUGCUCCCAGUGUGGGAAGAGCUUCAGUCAGUCAUCAAAUCUUAGAACACACCAGCGCAUUCACACAGGGGAAAAGCCAUACCACUGCUCCCAGUGCGGGAAGAGCUUCAGUGAUUUAUCAGGUUUUAGAAGUCACCAGCGCAUUCACACAGGGGAAAAGCCAUACCACUGCUCCCAGUGUGGGAAGAGCUUCAGUGGGUCAUCAGGUCUUAGAACACACCAGCGCAUUCACUCAGGGGAGAGGCCAUACCACUGCUCCCAGUGUGGGAAGAGCUUCAGUGAAUCAUCAAAUCUUAUAAGACACCAGCACAUUCACACAGGGGAGAGGCCAUACCACUGCUCCCAGUGUGGGCAGAGCUUCAGUCAAUCAUCAAAUCUUAUAAGACACCAGCACAUUCACACAGGGGAGAGGCCAUACCACUGCUCCCAGUGUGGGAAGAGCUUCAGCCAGUCAUCAGGUCUUAGAGCACACCAGCGCAUUCAUACAUUGGAUAGGCCAUACCAUUGCUCCCAGUGUGGGAAGAGCUUCAAACAUUUGUCAGUUCUUCAAGCACACCAGCGCAGUCACACAGGGGAGAGGCCAUACCACUGCUCCCAGUGUGGGAAGAGCUUCAGUGAAUCAUCAAGUCUUAGAACACACGAGCGCAUUCACACAGGGGAGAGGCCAUACCACUGCUCCCAGUGUGGGCAGAGCUUCAAACAGUUAUCAGUUCUUCAAUCACACGAGCGCAUUCACACAGGGGAGAGGCCGUACCACUGCUCCCAGUGUGGGAAGAGCUUCAGGAAUUCAUCAGGCCUUAGAUAUCACCAGCGCAUUCACACAGGGGAAAAACUAUACCAGUGCUCCCAGUGUGGGAAGAGCUUCAACCAGUUAUCAAAACUUAAAUUACACCAGCGCAUUCACACAGGGGAGAGGCCGUACCAGUGCUCCCAGUGUGGGAAGAGCUUCAGCCAGUCAUCAGGUCUGCGAUCACACGAGCACAUUCACACAGAGGAAAAGCCAUACCACUGCUCCCAUUGUGGGAAGAGCUUCAAUUAUUCGUCAGGUCUUGUAAGACACCAGCGCAUUCACACAGGGGAAAAGCCAUACCACUGCUCCCAGUGUGGGAAGAACUUCAGUGAUUCAUCAGGUCUUGUAAGACACCAGCGCAGUCACACAGGGGAGAGGCCAUACCACUGCUCCCAGUGUGGGAAGAGCUUCAUUGAUUCAUCAAGUCUUAGAACACACCAGCGCAUUCACACAGGGGAAAAGCCAUACCACUGCUCCCAGUGUGGGAAGAGCUUCAGUAAUUCAUCAGGUCUUAGAACACACCAGCGCAUUCACACAGGGGAAAAGCCAUACCACUGCUCCCAGUGUGGGAAGAGCUUCAUUGAUGCAUGGAAUCUGAAAAUACACAAGUGCAAUCACACAGGGGAAAAGCCAUACCACUGCUCCCAGUGUGGGAAGAGCUUCAGUUAUGCAUGGAAUCUUAAAACACACCAGCGCAUUCACACGAGGUAGAGGCCAUACCACUGCUCCCAGUGUGGGAAGAGCUUCAGCCAAUUAGCUCAGCUGAACAGGCACAGGUGUACACUGAAGACCGUUUGA